CUUCAAUCCAUGGAGAAGCAAACCCACAUAGUGAUUGUUCCUAGUCCUGGGUUCAGCCAUCUCCUUUCAAUCAUUGAAUUUUCCAAACGUUUAAUCCACCACUCCAAUGGCUUACACGUUACAUGCCUCAUUCCCACACUUGGGUCUCCCUCUGAGCCCUCCAAAACCAUCCUUCAAACCCUCCCUUCAACCAUUCACUCCACUUUUCUUCCUUCAAUUCAUUUCAAUAACAUACCCGAAGACACUCCAAUAGCAGUCCAAGCUCAACUCACAGUGACUCACUCUCUUCCCUUUAUCCGUGAUGCGUUGGAGACCUUAAGUUCAAGCUCGAACCUUGUUGCUAUUGCUGCUGAUCUUUUUGCAAGUGAUGCUCUUACUUGUGCAAAAGAGUUCAACAUGUUGUCCUUUGUUUGCGUCCCGUCAUCAGCUAUGACACAGUCUUUUUGCUUGUAUCUACCAAAGUUGGAUCGAACAGUUUCUUCUGAGUUUAGAUACCUAAAAGAACCCAUUGAAAUUCCGGGUUGUGUUCCCAUCCAUGGCAGAGAUUUACCGAAACCCGUUCAGGAUCGAACUAGCCAAGUCUAUGAGUUGUUUCUUCAACGAUGCAAACAACUCCAUUUAGCUGAUGGGGUCUUGGUAAACAGCUUCAGAGGUAUUGAAGCAGGGCCUAUAAGAGCAUUGACAGAGGAAGGAUAUGGGUACCCCAGUGUUUAUCCGAUUGGACCAGUUAUACAAAAAGGAUCAGGUGAUGUGAGAAAUGGGUGUGAAUGUUUAAGGUGGUUGGAGAAUCAGGUAACCAAUUCAGUUUUGUAUAUUAGCUUUGGAAGUGGAGGGACACUUCCACAAGACCAACUCAAUGAGCUAGCUUUGGGGCUGGAAAUAAGUGGUAAGAAAUUCUUGUGGGUUUUGAGGGCACCGAGUAGAUCUGCCAAUUCUGCUUACCUUGAUUCUGAAACUGAUGAUUCUUCACGAUUCUUACCAUGUGGGUUCAUUGAAAGGACCAAAGAACAAGGUUUGGUGGUUCCCUCAUGGGCACCUCAAGUUCAAGUCCUUAGUCAUAGUGCAAUUGGUGGGUUUUUAAGUCAUUGUGGAUGGAACUCUACCCUUGAGAGUGUCAUGAAUGGUGUACCUCUUAUAGCAUGGCCACUGUUCGCUGAGCAGGGAAUGAAUGCAGUUUUGUUAACUGAGGGCUUAAAAGUGGCACUAAGACCUAAAGCUGAUGAAAAUGGUCUGGUGGAAAGAGGGGAAGUUGCUAAGGUUGUGAGAAGACUACUAGAGGGUGAAGAAGGAAGGGAAAUUGGUAAAAGAAUGCAAAAUUUGAAGGAUACUGCUUUGAAAACUCUGCAAGAAGAAGGGUCACGUACCAAGACUUUAGUUCAGUUAGCAGUCUAUUUGAUGGGUAAAUAG